ACCACUAAAUCUUUUACCGACGUUUUUUUUUUCCGUGUGGGUGUGUGCAUUUUUUUUUAGAGUACAUUGACAGAACACAUUACUCUGGUACUAUGAUAGCGCAGGGAGCUCUGUGGAAUGUAUACCACAUAUCAAGUCCAACCAGUUUCUGAGUUUUUACUGUAAUGAAGACGGAAGAAAAUGCAGUUAUAUUAAUGCAAAGAAGGCUGCAACACACUGACUUUUGUUUGAAAACUAAUGACUGGAGCAGAUCAUCCAGGAAACCUUGAAAAUCAGUGAAGUUCAGCAGGAUUCUACACAAGUAAAGACAACCAUCAACUUCUAAACAUGAGUGAUUUAAGGAUUGUUCUGCUGGGGAAGAGUGUGUCAAAAAACAGUCGAGUGGGAAACUUCCUGUUGGGACGAGCAGCGUUUGACAGUAAAGCUCCUCCAGAUGUUGUAGAGAGAGUCGGAGGAAGAUUGAAGGACAGAUAUGUGAGCAUCAUCAACAGUCCUCAGCUGCUCCAGACAAACAUCUCAGAUCAUCAGAUAGAACAAACACUGAAAGAAUGUGUGAAUCUGUCUGCUCCAGGACCUCAUGCGUUCAUACUCGUACUGCAGGACAAUGACUUCACUGAGAAGGACAUGAGAAGAGUGAAACAAGUGCUGAAAGAAUUCAGCGAAGUGGCAAUUAAAUACACCAUUUUGCUCACAACUGAUGAUGAAGCACAUGGUGUUAAUGGGCCACCUCUGAAAGUUAAUAAAUUAAUUGAACAAUUAACUGCAGAGUGUGGAGGAGGACAUAUGCAUAUCGAAGAAGGGCAACCUGUAUGGCAUUCUGAGAUAUUCAGAUGUAUAGAGAAUAUACUCAAGGAAGAACAUGAACCAUUUCUAAUAUGUGACAUCUAUGAGAAUAUAGGAGGAGGAAGAUUUGUGAAUGAGCUGAGAAGAUCUGAAGGUUCAUUUACAUCAAAAAAGGAAGAUUCUGAUGUGAAUAUUAGAGAGAAAAGUCCUGUUCAUGACAGCCUAAAGAGAAGCAUAAAUUUCACCAGAAAGCUGAACUUGGUGCUGUGCGGAAGUAAUGAAACACUGAGGAACUCUGUAUCAAAUCUUAUAAGAGAGAAGAAGAGAGACAUGGCUGUACAUAGACGUCUGAUCAGUCUGGUGGAGCUUCCAGCUCUCAGUCGGCUCUCGGAGAAGGAAGUGAUGCGUCAGACUUAUUGCUGUGUGUCUCUCUGUGAUCCUGGAGUUCAUGUUUUCCUCCUCAUUAUUCCUGAUGCUCCACUGACUGACGAAGACAAAGCAGAAAUAGAGGAAAUCCAGAGGAUAUUCGGCUCAAGAAUCAACAAAUACCUCAUGUUUAUCAGAAUCCUAGAUGAGAACCUUAGUCAAAUUAAUUUAGUUGCUCCUGCAUCUAGUGACAUGCCUAUUCAGACGUUUGGAGGUCACUGUUUUGUUCUGGGGAACAGCUCACAGGUUCCAGCUCUACUGCAGGAUGUGGAGAAAAUGGUAGAGGAGAACAAAGAAAGUUACUACUCAACCUUCAUGUACCUUCAGGCUCAAUUAGAACUGGAGAGAAACAAACACAGAGCUGAAAUAGAGCAGCUGAGAAAAGCUCAAUUAACAACAGGUGUAACACACAGUGAUGUUGGUGUGAGGAUUGUGUUGCUGGGAAAGACGGGUGUUGGGAAAAGUGCAUCAGGAAACACCAUACUGGGGAAAAAAGCUUUUAAAUCAUUACUGACUUCGCGCUCAGUGACCAAAGAGUGUCGGAAAGAAACGACAGAGUUCGACAGAAGACAAAUAACUGUGAUUGACACUCCAGGACUGUUUGAUACUGGAGUCGAUAAUGUUGAGACCAGGAAGGAGAUUGUGAAGUGUGUCUCAAUGGCGGCACCUGGACCACAUGUGUUUCUGCUGGUGAUUCAACUGGGACGAUUCACUCAAGAGGAGAAAGAUGCCGUGAAGAUGAUCCAGGAGACUUUUGGAGACAAAUCCAGAAUGUACACCAUGGUGCUUUUCACCAGAGGAGAUGGACUUGGAGAAACAACAAUUGAAGAUUUUAUUGACGGUGAAGAUAGCUUACAAUACCUCAUCCAGCAGUGUGGAAAGAGAUACCAUGUGUUCAAUAAUGAGACUAAAGUUCGAAAACAGGUUUCUGAGCUGCUGGAUAAGAUUGACUGUUUGGUGACAGCAAAUGGAGGGAGUUUCUACACCAGUGAGAUGUUCCAGCAGGUGGAGAAAAACAUCAAAGAACAACACGAGAGAAUCAUAAAAGAGAAAAAAAAAGAGAACAAGAGAAAAGAAGAAGAGCUGAGAGCCAAAUAUAAUGAAGAAUUGGAGCAAAUAAAGAAAACAAAUGAGAGAGAAAGACAAGAGAUGCAGAAUAAACUGAGAAAAAGAGAAGAGGAGUUUAAAAAGAAAGAAGAGGAGAUUAAGAAAGAAACAGAUGAGAUUGUACGAAAAGAGCUGCAGCGAAAACUGGAGGAGCAGCAGAAACUGUUUGAAGAGGAGAAUGAAAGAAAAGAAAAGGCUUUAGGAGAACAACAACAGAACUUCAUAAAUUAUUUGAAAGAAAAACAUGAGAAAGAAAAACAAAAACUCCAGGAGAAAAUUCAACAUGAAACAAGAGAACAAGCAGAGUGUGAAUAUCGUGAAAAACUUGAGAAAGAAGUGGCUAAAGCUUUAAAAGAAGCUGAAGAAAAAGUUCCAUUUAGAUCAAAACGAGCUCGAGACUGGAGUCAGUAUGUUCCUGUUCUUGGGGGAGUUGCUGGAGGAGCUGUUGGUUCUGUUGAAGACAUUGUGCAUUGGAUUAUCAGAAAAACAUCAACCACAAAAUCAAAGAAUGAAGAGUGAAUUCAAUGCCCAAUUUCCAAAACCAUUCUUUUUCCAUUGUGCUGUUUUUAAAAUCCAUUUAGAAUUAUUAUUAGAAAUAUUUCAUUUCCUUAUUUUUUGUCUUCUCAGAUUUAGGAUCUGAUUCCCAGUGAAAGCAGAACUUUAUAUUUACAGCAAUACAAAAUACCAAUGUUUCUCAUUGUAUAUGAUUAAUUAAACAUAAGAUAAUUUCCAAUUUCAGAUCCUGUUUCUUAAGUACAGUCAAUCAUGGUGACAAAUUAAUCAGAAAAGAAGACCUAAAACUGUUGGAUUUUUUUUUUUUUUUUUUUUUUUUUUUAAAUCUGUUUAUGUAAGGAUGCUAAUUAAAGUUAAUUUUGAGACUUAGUCAUUAUUUCCUUAUGGUACUAACAACUUCCUGUGUGUCACAAGUCCACUGAAGGCAAGUUUGAAAGUGAAUCCAAGUGCAGCUUUAUUUAACAAAUGUGAACUAAAUACAAAAACAAAGAUAUGGCUUGACUUGAAACUUUAACAAAUUUGUAUUUAUUUAUAUUAACUCACAAACAGCAGGGUACAGGAAACAAAGUGGAGGGGCUCGAUGAAGCAGCUUCAACUCAAGCUCUGAUGAUCGCACUGUGUUUGCAUACUUUACCACAGCUGAAGUUAAAUAAAUUCAAUAUUUGACUAAUACACUG